UGCCCUGAUCAGAUCUGUCAGCAAUUCGGCUUCCAAAAUUGGAGUUUGUCUGCGUUCAAAGCUGUUUGCCUACAGUAAUCUGCUCUGGUUGGAAGUGAACAUGUCUCAAGUUCAGAUUCAGAAUCCUUCUGCUGCCCUUGCAGGGAGCCAAAUACUGAAUAAAAACCCAUCUCUUUCACAGCCUUUGAGUAUUCCUUCUACUACCAGUUCUUUGCCCUCUGAAAAUGCAGGCAGACCUAUCCAGAACUCUGCUUUGCCCUCUGCUUCAGUCACAUCCACCAAUGCAGCUGCAGCUCCUUCAAACAUGGCAAACCCCAAAGAGAAAACCCCCAUGUGUCUUGUGAAUGAAUUAGCCCGUUUCAACAAGAUUCAGCCUGAGUAUAAGCUUCUGAGUGAGCAGGGUCCAGCUCAUUCUAAGGUGUUUACAGUGCAGCUGACUCUUGGGGACCAGCACUGGGAAGCUGAAGGAACUAGUAUUAAAAAAGCGCAACAUGCAGCAGCUGCCAAAGCUUUGGAAGGGACAAAAUUCCCUAAACCUACGGCUCGUCCAUCUCGUAGUGAAGGCAAGAAUCCAGACAGUGUAACCCCCACAGUGGAGUUGAAUGCCCUUUGCAUGAAGCUGGGGAAGAAGCCCAUGUACAAACCCAUCGACCCUUACACAGGGAUGAGAUCCACCUACAGCUACACCAUGCGAGGUGGCACCUACCCCCCACGGUACUUUUACCCAUUUCCUGUUGGGCCUUUACUUUAUCAAGUGGAGCUUUCAAUUGGAGGGCAGCAGUUUCAUGGGAAGGGAAGAACAAGACAAGCUGCUAAGCAUGAUGCAGCUGCUAAAGCUCUGAAAGUUCUGCAGAAUGAGCCCUUGCCUGAGAAACCAGAGGUUAACGGAAAAGAACCAGAUGAUGAAAAUCUCAAUAAAUCUGAAAUAAGCCAAGUUUUUGAGAUUGCACUUAAAAGGAACUUGCCUGUGAAUUUUGAGGUGACCAAGGAAAGUGGUCCUCCCCAUAUGAAGAGUUUUGUAACCAAGGUAUCAGUUGGAGAAUUCAUGGGUGAAGGUGAAGGGAAGAGCAAGAAGAUCUCAAAGAAAAAUGCUGCAAUAGCAGUCCUAGAAGAACUGAAAAAAUUGCCACCCCUUCCUACAGUUGAGAAAAUGAAGCCACGAAUCAAAAAGAAAACAAAAUCAAUAGUGAAGCUGCAGACAAGUCCAGAAUAUGGUCAAGGAAUGAAUCCCAUUAGCAGACUUGCCCAGAUACAGCAGGCCAAGAAGGAGAAGGAGCCCGAGUACAUGCUCAUCACAGAACGGGGGCUGCCCAGGCGCAGGGAGUUCGUCAUGCAGGUGAAAGUUGGUGUACACACAGCUGAAGGAAUGGGCACGAACAAGAAGGUUGCUAAACGCAAUGCAGCAGAAAAUAUGUUGGAAAUUUUAGGUUUCAAAGUCCCUCAACCUCAGCCUCCGAAACCAGCAUUAAAGACGGAAGAGAAGACCCCAGUGAAGAAACCAGGUGAUGGAAGAAAAGUAACCUUCUUUGAGCCGGGCUCGGAAGAGACUUCAGCUAGUAAUAAAGAAGAUGAGUUUAGGAUGCCUUAUCUCAGCCAUCAGCAGCUUCCUGCUGGAAUCCUCCCCAUGGUCCCUGAGGUUGCACAGGCUGUAGGAGCCAACCAAGGACACCACACCAAAGAGUUCAGUCGGGCAGCUCCCAACCCCGCCAAGGCCACGGUGACGGCCAUGAUCGCCAGGGAGCUGCUCUACGGGGGCACCUCUCCCACGGCCGAGACCAUCCUGAAGAGCAGCAGCUCCUCAGGCCACUUCCCCCACGGGCCUCUCACCAGGCCCUCCGAGCAGCUGGACUACCUUUCCAACGUCCAGGGAAUCCAGGUUGAAUAUAAGGACUUUCCAAAAAAUAACAAGAACGAGUUUGUAUCUCUUAUAAACUGUUCCUCUCAGCCACCGCUGAUCAGCCAUGGGAUUGGAAAGGAUGUGGAGUCUUGCCACGACAUGGCUGCAUUGAAUAUUUUAAAGUUGCUGUCGGAGUUGGACCAACAAACCACAGAGAUGCCAAGGACAGGAAAUGGACCAAUGUCUGUAUGUGUGAAACAAGAAAUGGAAAGUGACCCUCUCCUCAAACCGGCGAGCGCAAACCCUUUGGGACAAACACUGGACAGCACUGCCUGAAACAGGCUCUUGACUGAACCCAAACCUGAAAGCACCAGAGAAAAUCAAAUGCUUCCUCUUAAUGUAACCUAACUGUUGGAGUGCUACAGUCUCUACAACCUACUGUAGUGUCUAAAUCAUAACUGUUGCUUUUUCUUCAAACAGUGAUACAUUUUUAGUUUCAUUAUGUUGUUUUGAUUGAAAUGACACUAUACAUUUUUCAUUUAAAAGUUUCUUAAUUGUAUCUAGAACCAUAGCACAGUUUAGAAACUUUGUCUUCUGAGACUGACACAUUACCUGUGAACUAACUUGGGAAGAUCAUAUCCAUGUAUGCGGUUAUUUUGGUUUUAUUGGAAUAGCAGCGUUUCACUGGAAACAGGCUGUGUCCCACCAUUUUAAAAAGCCCCAUAUUUUUGCAAACCAACCCUAAUUAUCCAAUGGUUGAAUGAAUUUAAACACUUUAGGAAUUUUAAACUUGGUUUGAUCAUUUUUGGUUGAUUUCUAGUUUUCUGGAGUGUGGGGUAGGGGAACUCGAAUGCAACGUGACUUUCAGUGAUCUCUGAGCUGUGUUUUAGGGACUGUGUGUUGGUGGCUCACAGCUCACUACAGUACAGGAUAUGAUCUCAAUGUAGUGCAUAUAAAACUGCAGAUUGAUUUUCCUUGAGUGCUUUAUACUGUUUAAUUACAUCUCCAUGUAGGGCUGAAAAAAAUUACCUAUGUUUAUAUAUAACUGUGUUGCUUUUGAUGUUGUGUUCUUGCGCACGGUCGGUGCGCGCUGAGGUUUGCAUUGGUCCAGGUACAGCACGAUAGCCGCGCGAGUUCAGUACUGCUUCCGUUCAUUGUUUACGCUGGAAUUUUUUCUCCCCAUGGAAUGUAAGUAAAACGUAGUGUUUGUCACCAAUAAAUGGUAAUACUAAAUUUUUUUGGUUAGUUUAUUCCUGUACACCACCACAGGGGCUGCUUUUUUAUAGAUUUGUAAUGCUUGUGCUCUAGUCUGGGCAGUGUGUUGAGCUGUGGAGUAACUUCCAGUGGUUCUCGAGUGCAUAGAGAAUGUUCUAUGUUCUGUGCUGUGCAGGGUGUGCAGACCUGGCAGGGCAAGGGAAUGCAAAGUAAUGUGGGUACAGUUUGUUAUUUGUGCCACAGUGUUAGUGCAGCUGUGUUAAUGAGAGCUCAAACUGGACUUUAAAGUGAAACUUAAAAGUUCGCUUAAACGAGGAACCUGGCACAGCCAGUGGAUGGGACUUCCUCGAAGUAGAGACGUUAACUCUGUUUCCUUGUUUGCUUGUAAGCUGAGCCCCAGCCUUGCGUGUCCUCAGGGUGCUGGGGGCAGUGCUGCAGAGCAGGCCUGGCUGCUGCAGCAGCACGGCCCCAGCACGGCCCCGCAGGCUGACACGUGUCGCUGUCGCGUCCAGUGUGAGCUACGGUCCGUGUUUACUUACCUGUGACCUGCAGGAGCAGUUCCUGCACCUGUGUGCAGCGCCCACGGAACUUCUGCCACACAGGGCAGUUCCUGCAGGUGCUGUCUCAGAGCUAAAUGUCUUGGCCAUUUUAUUUGCAUCAUCCAAAGCAAUCGGGCCACAGGAACUUCAGACCAGAUUGCAUUGAAUCACGUUGGGUGUGAUCAUUAUAAGCUAAAAACCCCCAAACAUUGUAAAGGUUUUUUUGGUUUUAAUUUUUUUAACAUUUGUAGAACUAAAAUGCUGUACAUUUAAAAAUUAAAAGAAACUUGCUAGGCUGAGGCUUUGUAUUGCAAAUUUUUCCAACUCAGAAACUCCUUACUGAACCAUUCCUGUUGGGAAGCAGGGAGCGCACUGACAGCCGUGGGCACAGGCUCCCUGCCUUCAUCUGCUGCACUUGACUUUUCUCCUCGGAUGGGACUAGAGCCUGCUCUUGGGACUCUUCUGCAGCAGUCACUUGUAGCUAAUGCUGUGUUUUAUAGGAACCUGGAUUAAGGCACUUUGGCACAGGGAGUGUGCAAUGCCGUUAAACACCCUGAUCCCUCUUGGGCCUGUGUAAGAGAAGCGUCUCCUCUCCCAGACCUUGCUGCAGUCACAGCCUCCUGGUGGGACAGCCCGUGGCAGCCUGUGGAUUCUGGGGCGGCGGAGCCCGAGGCGCCUGCGGAGCCCCGUGCCCGGAGCUAGGCUGGCGAUGAGGGCGCUUCCCCGGCGUGCGCCGGCGGGCCCGAGCCUCUGCCGGGGCCAGGCGGGCACUGUGAAGGCAGAAGUGGGGGAUUGAGCCUUGGGGAGACCUGAAGUUCAGGCUGCAGCUGACGAUGGAAGAGGUGUGGAUGAGAACAGUCUGGUUUGCUCCACCAUGUGUGCCCCUUUGUCAGGGGAGAAUGGUUGAGAUUUAUAAAAAGUUGUCCUGGGCCCUGCUGGAGUUUCAGUGUUCUGCUUAAGAUGGAUGGUGCUGCUCCCAUGCUGCUGCCUGGCAUCCUCAUUCAAGCCCCAGCAUUCCCAUACCCUGCAAUAGCUCUGAUCCCCAGAGCUGUCAGCAGUGAUGAAUUUGUGUCCUGCCAGCUUAGAUGAUGGAGGGUGUUACAUUUUCUGUCCCCGGGGUACCAGGCGUGUAACUGGAAUGGAUUCUGGAGCUGGCUGCAUGUUUAAUGCAGUUAGGUGCUUUGUCUGCAGGGGCUGCAUUCCCUGCCUGGCAGCUCGUGUUGUCCUGCCACAGUCAGGAAAGGCAAGGAGGCCUCUCCUGGAGCAGCUGGCAGGUGUGGGAGGGUGGCCUUGCAUGUGAGGAAGGGAGUCAGGGCGUGGUUCUCUCCUGCCACCCAGAGAGCUGCAGUGGUGUAUGCUGGCAGCCUGUGAACAGGGCAAGGGGUGUCAGGGGUGCUGCAGCACAGGGUUUCUGUCCUGUUGGAAGCCUGGUUUUAAUAAAAUCUUGAUGGUGACUGAG